CAUCCGUCAAAGCUGCCGCAUAGUUGUUCCCACAGGGCUCCGCCGUCGAAGCUUAUUUAUUGGCGUGAGCCGGCGGAGAUCUCUACGGGACUCUGGCACCGCAAAUCCGGCGGUCAGCAAGAAGGCCGUCCGUUGCCUGACUAUUGAAGCCCCCUGGCUUUCAGCUCGGCGCCGCCCACGCGGCACUCCCGGCGUUGGUAGAUCCAAAUUUGGGGCCUGGACGGUCCAACAGCCGGUCGGCGGAAGGAAGGAAAACACGUUGCCUGCGUCUGUGUGUCUCGCAUGUGGUAACGUGGUUGAAAUGUCUCGUUGGGCGCAUCCCGUUGCUUGUCGCGGCCUGAAAACGGUGAUGUCUUGAACCGAGAUGGGCCACUGGUCGUAGCUGGUGCUGCUUGGCCAUGCUAACUUGGGAGCUGAAUUUGUGUCCUUCCGCAGACCUGGCUAGACGGGUGCAUCUCGUUUUAGCUGUUUGGGUGUCAAGGGGUUUCUGCAUCGGCAUCCGCAUCGACAUCCAGAGCAUCGCCAAUGAUGACCGAGGUUCGCUCCAAAAUGACCUCUUCCUGUGCGAACGGCACUAGUAGCACUCUUAUGUUCCACUACUCAUACAGAUGAAGCUGGAUCUUUGUUCCCGAUACGUCCCAGCAUCAUGCGGGGUAGGCUGUUGGAGCGACAUCCACCUCCCCAAAGUCCAUUCUGUUAGCGCGGAUACAAUGACGGAUAUAUGACCGUUUCGAUUCCUGUGCAUUGUUGGGCGUUUUUAACCGUCGGCGUUGCGGCGCCGGUAGUGGCCGUUAGGUUGCCGUUGUUAUCGGCCGACGCGCAGCGACAAAUACCUGGCGCAGCGCAUGACAUCAAGGCGCCGUCGCGUCCGGAAGUGGCGAUGAUGUCACGCCAAAUGCGGUGGGACAGGCUGUAGCAUCGAUGUCAAAGUCGUCGGCUGGGCACCUGGAGAAGCGCUUCGAUGCGACCUCGAUGCGAUUCCGAUGCACCGUCUCAAACUGCCGGGUAGGCCAGGAGCAUGUGGUCGUGCUUGGCAUGGGCGGCUGUCAAUUGAGCAAACAUGCAGAACUGAAAAACGGCAGGCGCAGGCAAGACCGGCUUCCUAAUUUGUCUCCCUAGUACGAAGUAGGUUUUGUUCGGGGGCAGGUGCGUUGGGCGUUGGAAAAAUGCGAAUGGUGGGGUCUCACUUUCUUCGCGCACGUUGGUCGUCGGGAGAAUAUUACAGGUCUACCCCGACCUUGACUCGCCCACCCGCAUGCCAGUCCGUGGCAGCCUCAAUAAGAUCUUCAAGCCUGCGGCGCAUCAUCAUCACCGGUGCAGUCAGCUAUAUUGCAUUCAUAUGCCUCUCGGUCCAAGCCGGCCCAGUCCUCUGAGACUGCGCUGCAGCUGAGCGAACCGCCGUCAUGAAGUUCGCCAAGGAGCUGGAGCGGGAUGCGGUGCCAGAGUGGCGGAUCAAGUACCUCAACUACAAAGCUGGCAAGAAAUAUGUCAAGGGCGUGUCCCGGGCCAUCAACCGAACACCUCGCGGCCUGAGCAACCGGACGCCGUCCUUCUUCCGAUCGACGCCCGCUGGCCGAACGUCAGGGGCCGAGCAGUCCCAGUCCCACUCGGCAAGCAUCGCAGCUCGAGGCGCCCCGGGCCGGGCGCCGCCAUCUUCGUCUGAAGCACGGCCCAUUCCCGCGGCCUCCCCGGCCGAGCAUGAGGCUUUGAGAGGCGAUGGAGACAACCUUCAUUAUGGGAGCUUCGUUGCCACACCGCCCGUGUCGAGCCCUCUCAACCCCGAAGAUGGCCACCCCAAGUUUGAGCUCCCAGCUCCAGCUUUGCAUCCACCUCCGGACUCUCCAGAGCCAUCCCAGUCGACGGGCACGCUGCGCAAGAGCCUCAGCCGCUGGACGAUGACACGCAAGGAGUCCAAGGCCGCUGUUGCGGGCAUGCGCAACACCGCUCGCAACGACCAGGUCACAACACCGAAACGGCCAGCAACCGCGACCUUUGGCGAAUCGCCGUCGCGCAUCACCCGCAUCCUGUCUCACGCGUCGGCGACCCUGCCGAGAUCCGACACCACCGUCCAGAACAUCGACCAGGUACGACAGAAAGAACGUGAGUUCUACGAUUUCAUGGAUUCAGAGCUCGACAAAGUCGAAAGCUUCUACAAGAUGAAGGAAGAACAAGCUGGGAAACGCCUCACUGUCCUGAGAGAGCAGCUGCACGAGAUGCGAAAUCGACGCAUUCAGGAAAUGGUGGACGAUGAACAAGACGACAACGCCGCUCACAGCAACGGCCAUGAGAACGGUGGCGACAAGUCAAACGGCUGGGUCCAUCCAUUCAAGGCUAAAAUCUUUCCGCCUGGACCUAACUCUCAGGCACUGCGCAACAUGCCCCGGACGCCGUUUUUGCCGCCCAGCGCGUCAGCCGAGACAAGGCGCGACUACAGUCGAAGACCGCCCAGCCACGACGUCUCAUAUCGGACAGCAAAGCGAAAACUGAAACUGGCCCUUCAGGAGUUCUACCGAGGGCUUGAACUACUCAAGUCGUACGCGCUCCUGAACCGGACCGCGUUUCGGAAGCUGAACAAGAAGUUUGACAAGGCGGCAAACGCCAGGCCGCCCCUGCGUUACAUGACGGAGAAAGUCAACAAGGCGUGGUUUGUCAACAGCGAUGUGCUCGACGGGCACAUCAAGGCGGUUGAAGAUUUGUACGCUCGCUACUUUGAGCGUGGAAAUCACAAGCUUGCCGCCGGAAAGUUGCGCAGCCUGGCCAAAAAACCCUCUGAUGAGUCAGGCAGCUCCUUCUUAAACGGGUUCCUCAUUGGCGUCGCGAUAGUGUUCACGGUUCAAGGGCUCGUGUCCGGCGUCAAACUACUUUCUGACGUGGACGAGCUCGUUAGAUCGGAGACAGGCUAUUUGCUGCAACUUUACGGGGGCUACUUCCUCAUGCUCCUAAUGUACUCAUUGUUCUGCAUCAACUGUUUUGUGUGGACACGGAACAAGGUCAACUACCCUUUUAUCUUCGAAUUCGACCAGCGGAGCCACCUGGACUGGCGGCGCCUGGCCGAGUUUCCAAGCUUCUUCUUCCUGCUUCUGGGCAUGUUCAUGUGGGUGAAUUUCAGCCGGUAUGGGCGGGAAUGGGUAUAUACCACUUGCCCUGCUCUUCUCGUUGCAAUUACCGGCGCCAUCAUCUUGUUUCCGGCACCCGUGCUGGCUCACAAGAGUCGGCAGUGGUUUGUGUAUUCCCAUUGGCGCCUGUUGCUGGCUGGCAUAUACCCAGUCGAAUUCCGCGACUUUUUUCUUGGUGACAUGUACUGUUCUCUAACGUACUGCAUGGCUAAUAUUGAGCUGUUCUUCUGCCUGUACUCGAAUGAGUGGGUGGGCCCUGAUCAGUGCAAUUCUAAUCACUCGCGCCUUCUGGGUUUCCUCAUAACACUUCCACCUAUCUGGCGGUUUCUGCAGUGUCUACGACGUUACAAGGACACGCGAAACGUAUUCCCGCACCUUGUCAACGGCGGCAAAUACACCAUGACCAUUGUAUCGUCGGUCUUGCUCUCUCUGUAUCGCAUCCACGCUACAUCCACAACCUUCGCGUUGUACAUAACUUUUUCCAUCAUCAAUAGCGUCUACGUCUCGAUUUGGGAUCUGUUUAUGGAUUUCUCCCUUUUGCAAACACAUUCCCGGCAUUUCCUUCUGCGCGAUAUCCUGGCGCUGAAGCGACGCUGGCCCUACUAUACCAUUAUGGUGAUUGAUCCGAUACUCCGGUUUUCAUGGAUUUUCUACGCAAUUUUCACGCACAACGCCCAGCACUCUACGAUUGUGUCGUUCAUGGUGUCACUUAUGGAGGUUACACGCCGUGGCAUCUGGGCAUUGUUUCGCGUGGAAAAUGAGCAUUGCGCAAACGUGUCGCAAUACAAGGCGUCACGCGACGUGCCGCUUCCGUACCGCAUCGAGCCCCUGAUGGACCGCGCCAGCAGUGAAUCUAGCCCGAUGCUGGAAGACGAGGACCAGCAUCAUCAGGACGUCCCGCAGUCGGCCUCGACCUCCACAGCGGUGGCUAGCACCCUGGGAACGCUGAGACGUCGACCGGACACCGGCUCGCGCAGAUUCUCCAAGAUUCUGGCCGAGGCACACAAGCAGGAUUUUGAGAAGCGGCGUAAGCCCAUGGACGACUCGGUCGCAGAGGACGAAGAGCAGGACGUCAACAGUGAUGACGAGGAGGAAGACGAGGAGGACGCCACCAGACUCAUGGAAGUGCGCGAAUCGCGCCAGCUUCGAGGGGGUCUGAAAGAUGGAAAUGUAUGAUACCUGCAGCAUCGACUAUCGAGCAUGGCUUAUUGUACAUGGCAUUAUGCCCGGUGGUGCGAGGGUCACGCUAGUGUAAAGACGACUGCUCGGGUGUUGUGGCAUACAAAAAGCGCCUGCACUUGGUUCACGUACAGACAUUGAAUUGGACAUGUCCCGCGGGCGCCUCGCAGUGCGUGUCUAUCUAGCGUUUAUGGUGGAUCUCUAUGAUGGUGACGGGCCACGCAGUUGUUCAACCGCCUGCAUAUUCCUCCACACAUGGGAUGCCAUGACUGGCAAGUACAUAGGCAACGCAACUAGUGCUCCCACUCGCCGUCAAUCUUCUCCCAGUUGUCAAGGAAGCCCUUGAAGAACUUGAAGCCAAGGCCCGGGUCGAGGGCGCCGGUGGUGGCGCGGAUGGAGUGCAUGCUGAGCUGGGGGAUGCCCGCGUCGGCGGCGCGCACGCCCAUCAUGCUGGAGAGGGAGGGGCCGAUGGUGCCGCCGCUGCGCGAGUCGUUGCGGAUCUGGAAGUCCUGGG